AUGGGUGAUGUUGAGAAAGGCAAGAAGAUUUUUGUUCAGAAGUGUGCCCAGUGCCAUGCCAUGGAAAAGGGAGGCAAGCAUAAGACUGGGCCUAAUCUCUUCGGGCAGAAGACAGGUCAGGCCAUUGGAUUCUCUCACACAGACGCCAGUAAGAACAAAGGCAUCACCUGGGGAGAGGAUACACUGAUAGAGUAUUUGAAGAAUCCCAAGAAGUACAUCCCUGGAACAAAAAUGAUCUUUGCCGGCAUUAAGAAGGAGGCAGAAAGGGCAGACUUGAUAGCUUAUCUCAAAAAAGCUACUAAUGAGUAA